UUAAUACAAAUAAAAAUAGUGUGUAACUGGUUUAUUAAUCCAUUUUGAUCUCCUGAAGUGUAUAUAUUACAUCGCCAAUAAAUUUCUUCAGUCCAAGCCACCAAAAUGAAAUACAUACUAACGAUACUCUCCGCCUCUUUCAUAACUGUCAGCUUUAGUGCCAAAUUACCUCCUGGUUUUAAAAAAUGCAACUUAAAGCAAAUCUCCUCCCAGAUGUGUCUGCCGCAAGCUAUUGAAAGUGCAAUAAAGCAAAUGGAUCGUCCCAUAAAAAAACUGGGCAUAGUGAAUCUAGAACCGUUGGAAAUACCAUUCCUGAUUGUAGACGCCGGUUCUCAGUUUAUACACACUCAGCAAGCUUUUAAAAAUAUGAAACUGUCGGGUUUUAACGAAACCUCUUGUACCAAAGCUGAAUUUAAUUAUAACACGAAAACAUUAAAUUUGGAGUGCGUCGUGCCACGUUUUCGCCUGGAAUUUAAUUAUGUAGUAGAUGGGAAAUUUCUGAUGAUGUCUGUUUACGGAAACGGAACGGGAUGGGCGGUUUUUCUCGAUAAUCAGUUUGAACUAAAUUUCCAGUUUGGAGAAUACGAAAAACAGGGUAAAAAAUAUUUUAAUAUCGUCCAUCAACAACUGCAAAUGCGACCCAAAGAUAUUGCUUUUCAAUUGGACAAUUUGUUUGAUGGUGAUGAAGAAAUGAGUAAUCGUGUUCAAAAUGCAGCCAGAGAAAAUGCCCUAGAAGUAUUUGACGAUGUUAAACCCGGUUAUGAACAAGCUUUUGGAAAGGUAUUUGCUUAUGUUUUUGGAGAGAUUUUGGAGAAAGUGCCGAUUUAUGAUAUCUUCAGCUAAAUGAUUUUUGUUAUUUGUAAUGUCAUUAAUUUUAUGUAGUUUUUAUACCAUGUUGAAAAUUAUAAUAAUAAAGAAGUAGUUAACAGAAUAAA